AAAAAACACAAAAUUCGCGAUACUUUUUGAACACACCUCGUACGCUGUAGCUGUGGUUAUUUUGAAUAAUUUUGCUUAUAAUAGUAAGGAUAUAAAUUGUACAGAAUGAAAAGUCUCGUGCUGUUCGCCUGUGUUUUAAUAUUUGAUUUUCAGUCUAGCUCAACAAAACCGAGACUAAAGCUAAAGAAUGAAAUAGAAAACAUUCGGGAUAAUAUUCAAACUUGCCUAAAUGAAAAGGAUAUAUCUGAGGAUAAGUUAUAAUAAUUAUGUAUGACAUAUAUACAGAGGAAGAAAUAAUUAGUAAAGUACAUAUUGAAACUGCGAAUGCAGAAAGAACGAGAAUAAAUAGUUGCUUUGUUGUAUGUGUCUUAAAAAAACUGAAUUUUAUGGAUGAAUCAAUCAUUAAGGAAGCAGAAAUUCAUGCAAAACUAGAUGAAAUAAUUGAUGAGAGGUUUAUACGAGUAGCACACCAAAUUGCGCGUAUAUGCUUAAAAAAAGCGAGGAAUAUUGCGCAAGAAUGUGAGAAAGCUUUCGCUUUACAAGUAUGCACCACGAAAAGUAUUUAUGUAUUAAAAAAAUACAUGAACAAGAAAAAAACAAAAGAAGUAAUAGAAACAGAAGAAAAACAGGACUAAAUAUAAAUACAAAUGUUGAAUAUUAUUCAUGUUAUAUUAAAUAAUAAACAUUUGAUGAAGAGAUAUAAUAUACACUAAAUAAAAGAUAUAUGUAUUCUCAUAUACUCCAUUUUAUUUUCCUGGUUUAAUAAAAGCGUAUUGAAUAAUA